ACUUCCUCUUUCUCUACAGAAACUAUUUCAGUGUGCUAGAGGAUCAUUUUUAAUCUGAACUGAACCACUUUUUGCUUUCUUAGCCAAAGCACCAAAAUGUCCAGUUAGAACAAGAAUUUAGCCUUCUGCAAAAGAAGUUAACAGCCAAGGAAACAUUCUGAAAUGGAUCUCAAGUAUUUCAUCUUAAUUUUGUUUUGUGGACACCUGAAUGAUACUUUUUUCUCAGAGACAGAAGCAACUACAACAGAGAAGCAACCACAAUCUACUUUAUUUAGACCAUCAAUGCCAUAUAUUUCGGCGAAUUCUCAGGGCAUGAUAGAGAAUCCUUCAAGUCAACCAACACAAUUCAACAACCUAUCUUCUGGACAACCAAUAACAACUGCCAAAGUUGCUGCUGGACAACCAACACCAGCUGCCUAUGCUUCUUCUGGGAAACCAGCAGCACAUACUUCUGCUGUACAACCACUUGUCUAUAAUGUCACCAGAAAAACAAUACAAAUAGCCAACACCUCCUCCCAAGGAACAGCACUGCCUGUGUUUACCUCUGCCAGACAGCUACCACCAUCUGCCUAUUCUUCUACCAGACAAUCACCACCAUCAGUUUACACUCCCACUCAACAACCAUCAUCUACCCACAACUCUUCUAGGAAAUCAAUACCCCCGACUGCUCAUAAUAUAGCCAUACAACCAACACCAACUGUCAAAAGUUCACCUAGGAAGACACCAGGAUUCAACUUCGAAUUUAGCAGUACAACAAAUAUCCCAAAGGAAGCCAAUUAUGAUAAUUCAAUAGCAGCCAUAUUAAUUGGUGCAAUUCUGACUACUAUGUUGGUAGUUAUACUCAUGAUUGUAUUAUGGAAAUGUUUGCGAAAACCAGUGUUAAAUGAUCAAAACUGGGCAGGUAGGUCUCCGUUUGCUGAUGGCGAAACCCCUGACACAUGCUUGGAUAACAUUAGAGAAAAUGAAGCAUUCCCAAAACGUUCAUCAAUUAUUUCACUUACGGUUUGGAAACCAAGCAAAAGUGCACUUUUAGCAGAUGACUUAGAAAUUAAGUUGUUUGAAUCAAAUGCAAACACUGAAGUUUCUAACAAUCCCAAAACAGAGAAAAUAAAAGAUCAGGCGAAUGGUACAUCAGAAGACAGCGGUGAUGGAUCAACAAUCGGCACGGCUGUUUCCUCUUCAGAUGACGCAGAUCUGCCUCCACCACCUGCUUCCCUUCUUGAUACCGAAGGACAGGAGGGGAACAAAUCAGACAAAUUCACAAUGAUAACUGAAUCUCCUCUUCCAAACGAUUCCACCAGUCUCCCACCAUCUCUAGAUUGUCUCAAUCAAAUCUCUGAACAUCAUAAUUCUGAGUCCAAACAGUCAUUUCCACCUCCCCCUGACUCAUUUAACUUGACCCUGCCACCAGGAGAUCUUAUGAAAAACCAGGAAGAUUCCAGCAAUGAGAUCCAAUUUCAGGAAUUUCCUAUUCCUCCUGACUUUGAUCAAGAUCUCAAUGAAUCUCUGCCACCCCCACCUGCAGAACUGUAAUAAAUAUUACUACUUGCUUUAAAACUGAUUUUCUAGUCUUCUCAAGGGACUCCAAUAUUUUGUUUUUCUUCGUGUGAUUAAGAUAUAUUAAAUGGCAAUUGGUAGCCAAUUUUGAUUUUUAUGCAGGCACUACCUGAAAUCUGCUCAAAGCCUAUGUACAUAAGUGGAACUUAUUUAUGCCUAUAGGACCUAACUUUAAUGUAUGCUAUAUUUUACAAAUGUGGAUGGUAUGUGUAUCAAUAACUUAACCAUUUUGGAAACAAGUUAACAUACAUAUACUUAUUAUUACCCAAUAGAUAUGUUGUUCCUGAAAAGCUAUCUAUCUAUAAAGUUACCUUGGUUAAACUUUAUUUUUCCAUUUCAAAAUUUGAGGAGGAGUGUGUCUGAGAAUUUAAAUGCAUACACCAAGUUUUAAACAAAACUUGAAGUUUUAAAUUAAUACCUCAGAUAUUAAAUAAAUAUUCCAAGGUUGUGGGGAUGAGAGAUUAAAAUGCAUGUGUUUGAGAAUAAAUUUCCUUUUAGCUCUCAUUGGGAACUGAAAGACAAACAUAUUAAAACAUCAUACUGGGGAGUUGAGCUGGGAAUACUUACCCUGAAAAAAAUACAAGCAGGCCCAUAAAAUGUAGAUGUAGACAUUUUCCUAUCUUGUUGGGGGAGCACAAAAAUUUAAAACUAGCCUCUUUAUAAAGUUUCUUCUUCUUUUUUUUUUUUUGGCCAGGCUACAUAGCUUGCAGGAGCUUAGCUCCCCAACCAGGGACUGAACCCAGGCCUCUGGCACUGAAAGCAUGAAGCCCUAACCACUGAACCACCAGGGAAUUCCCAGUUGAUUUUGUAUAUGCCUCAAGCACCCCAACAAACUGAAAUCUUAUUAAAAACAAAAACAAAAACCUCUAUGGCUUCAUUCCAAAAAACUCUUAAACCACCUUUCUCACACGGCAUUUCAUCUUUUAUUCACUACCUGACAAGUGAUAAUGAGUUAUCAGAAUAGGGGGUAGGCCCAAUCUUUGUUAAAGUCAAGGUAUAGCUUCACUGGCUUACUCAUGUGGAGAUGCCAGCCCAUGCCUGCAAAAGUGCUUCUCUGCCGAAAAGUGCAAAUUCUUCCUCCUUAUCCCUACCUGAGCUCCUGAGGGAAACACUCACUUAGAAUGAAAGAUGGUGGCCUUUAUGAACCUUUAUGAACUGCUUAUAGUUCUGGAAUUUUCCAGAAUAAUGCAUUUACUAGUAGCACUGGUGUUCAAGAAACUCACAAAGCUUCAUCUUAAUAAAAAACUAGCAGACUUUC